UGCUGGGGGAGAGACAGAGGAAAAGUUAGUCAAGAUGGCAAAUCCCACAGACCGGGAGUAAAGGGGCACCGCUCCCCGAAAAAGCCGAGCCUGUCGCCCGUUCUGAGACAAACCCAACGAUGCGAACAGCGCCAGCAGGGCUGAGAGGGAUUCCCUGAAGAAAAAUGCCUGUGAGGCUGAAGCUGGUGUGACACAGCCUGUGCUGGAAGAAAGCUGACUCAUCAAAUAUCAAUCGUUCUGAGAGUGACUAAGCAGCAGCAGGAGUUCGUUUCACCUAAUGCCCAGCAAGAAGAGCAACUAACAUCCCCCCUCCCAUCUUCUCUCACCCUUACAACCCAGAGAUUAUCAUACAGGAGAAGGCUCCAGCAGGAAUUCUGACAGAGACCGCUGACCUGACUAAUAAAAAAAGAAAAAGAAAAAAAGCUUAGAAUGGUAACACAGCGCCACAGCUGAACAGAGACGCCAAUAACCGCUGUAAAGCUACAGUUCAGUCUUAAGAGCAGAUACGCUUCAAUCCGCCAGCCUUCAACCCCCGUCUCGCAGACCAUGAUGUUUCGCGAUCAAGUGGGCGUGCUGGCCAGCUGGUUCAAGGGGUGGAACGAGUGCGAGCAGACGGUGGCCCUGCUGUCCCUGCUGAAGAGGGUGAGCCCAACCCAGGCCCGCUUCUUGCAGCUCUGCCUGGAGCACUCGCUUGCCGAGUGCACCGAGCUGCAGGUCCUGGAGGGGGAGGCCAAUAAUCCAGGUAUAAUUAGCCAAUGGCAGAGUGAGCCCAAGGAGCGUGUCAUCUCCCUCGUCCUUACCCAUCUUCCACUGCUCAAACCGGGUAACGUUGAAGCUAAGGGAGAAUACAUGCGCUUGCUGCCUCGCAUCCUGGCCCACACGAUCGAGCACGGCCAUCACCUGGAGGAGUCUCGGCAGCUCCUUUCCUACGCCCUCAUCCACCCCGCCACCUCCCCUGAAGACCGCGCUGCUCUGGCACUCUGGCUCAACCACCUGGAGGAGAGAGAGAGAGACUCAUUGGAAAGGCCUCCUCCUGCCGGGCCUCACCAUCACCACCAGUCUACACCUCCUUCGACCCUGACCUCAUCUGGAUCUUGCUCUUCUACCAACACCUCUUCAUCAGGCAUUCCCUACUUGCAUCACCACCAACGUUAUGGCUCAGAUGACCGCCUCAAUGGGUGGCAGAGCUCCAGGGAUUCAGGAAUAGGUGGAGGCUGGCAUCAGCAUGGCUGCGAAAACGGACACCUCCCUCUCUACCCAUCAUCCUCUGUGCCUGCAACCAUCAAUACUGUUGGAAUUGGUGGAGGCAGUAACGCGAUCCUUACAAGUGGAGGUGGCAGCCAACAGCACAGUCCCUUAAAGCGCUCAGUGUCCCUCACACCCCCCAUGAGUGGCCCCAACAACCAGCCUCUGGGUCACGCAUGGCUUUCCCAGGAAGAUCUUCGGACUGCUAGAGGCCCAGCCCCAGACCACGCACCUCUCUCUCCACAAAGCAGCAUCGCCUCCUCUGGCAGUGGAGGCAGUGAGCAUCUGGAGGAUGCUGGUUUAGGAGGAGGUUCAGGUCUGCAUCGCAGUUCCUUUCAUGAAGAGGGCAGUGGCAUGAGGGAUGUUCCUGCUUGGCUGAAGAGUCUCCGUCUCCAUAAGUACGCCGCUCUCUUCUCCACAAUGACCUAUGAUGAGAUGAUGGCACUGACUGAAGAGCAACUAGAAGCACAGAAAGUCACUAAAGGAGCACGGCACAAGAUCGUUAUCAGCAUUCAGAAGCUCAAAGAGAGGCAGAACCUACUCCGGAGCCUGGAAAAGGAUGUGUUGGAGGGCGGUAACCUUCGUGCCCCACUCCAGGAGCUCCACCAAAUGAUCAUGACUCCUAUUAAGGCUUUCAGUGGUGGCGAGGAGGCCUCUUUGCAUCGCCCUCUGCUGACCCCGGAAGGCAAAAGCGCCGCACCUGGCUCCCACCUGAGUGGGGGAAGUGGAGGAGAGGCUGAGUCUGGCACCAGUGUGAUCGCUGAGGGGGAUAUACCUGGUCAGUUCACUCGUGUUAUGGGCAAAGUUUGCACACAGCUGCUGGUGUCAAGGUCAGACGAGGACAACAUCAGCUCCUACCUACAACUCAUUGACAAGUGCCUUAUCCAUGAGUCCUUCACUGAGACGCAGAAGAAGAGACUGUUGUCAUGGAAACAACAGGUCCAGAGGCUGUUCCGGUCCAUUCCGAGGAAAAACCUGCUUGACAUUGCAGGGUACCGACCGCAGAGGAGCCGCUUUGGCCAAUCCAACUCUCUCCCUACCACUGGCUGUGUUGGGGGCAGUGUGUCAGCCAGGAGGAGCCUUCACCAGUUCCAGAUGCCCUCCCGGAGUUUGCCGGGUGCCAGGCUGGGCCUGUUGGGUAGCGGGGGGCUGCUGGGACCCACACCUCGUAGCUCCAGCAGCACACCCACCGGUCCCAAGCAAGGAAGACAUGGUCCAUGGUUUGCCAAUCCUGGAGGAAGUAACAGCAUGCCCAGUCGGACCCACAGCUCCGUGCAGAGGACACGUUCCCUACCAGUUCACACCACACCACAAACCGUGGUCACGUUCCAACAAGCUGAUCUUCAGUUACCAGUGACAGAGCCAGACAUCAAUAAUCGCCUUGAGUCUUUGUGUUUGAGUAUGACCGAACACGCCUUGGGAGAUGGUGCAGAUCGCACAUCAACAAUAUGAGCUGAGGACCUGAGUGAGAGCAGCAAGACGGCGCAGGUUUGGGGAGCUCUCUCACCAUCACCUUGAGGUCACCAGCCCUUUCGUUCCCUCUCCCUGUAGCCAAUGGUAGAGCUCAACCAAAGGACCGGGCGGGAUCCAAGACACACUAGAGAGCCGACCAUCAAACGGCUCACACAAGCUAUCACACUGGCACCGUCCAACGGGCUGGAAAAACACGCUUCCUGCUCGGGCAGCACACUCACAGUCACCUGUAUGUGAGUGAGGAGAAUGGAAAGCACCGAAAGCGGCCUGGAAAGUGUGUGCAAACUUUCCCCCUUGUUCCCACCCCCCACCCCGCCCCGCCCUUCCCAUGGAGAGGCCAGAAGCAGUCCAGUUAGCCUCAGCAGAAGAGAGAUGCUGGGCUUUGGAUCAGGGCUCAGUGAGACUUUCUCUUGCCCACAUUGUCUGGUCCCUGCACAUUGACCACAGUUUGUGGCAUCUUUCAGAUCAUAACAGUACCUCAGACCCAAAACAUGAUGAGAUGAGCAGAGCCACAGGGAUGCAAAAAGGAAGCUUGGGAUUUCCCAGACUGGUUUCAGCAGGAUCACAGUGUCCAGGACGGUUUCUUGGAGAGCUCAAAAAGGCCUCUUGCUCAGUACUGGGUGGCAACAAACCUUUUUCUUUCUAUUGUAUGUAUUUAUUGUUUACAUUAUGAUGCUACUUUCAGAGGGUACAGAAACAUUUAUGAAUUUCAGGUAUGAUUUGCAUAAUAUAUUCUGUAGAGCCUUGGCUUUCUACAAGCUUUACUUCCCACGAGUAGCCAUCACAUUAGUUUACAACCAACAUGCUUAUUCUUUAUUUUGGCAGCCAACAACAAAGAUAUGUUGGCCUGAAUAUUAAUGGAGAGAGAACGAGAUGGGAACUUGAAAGAGAUGGAGGUAACACGGAGAGGGAUACGAGGAAGAAGGGGGAUGUGGAGAGAGACACAGAAAGUAGUAGAAGAAAGAACCAAGCUGAAGUGAUACUAGAAAGGGAAGAGGAUGUUUAAAGGAGAGAGACAUCAGAGGCAGGACCUUUGAUUGGCUGGAGACGACGGAAGAAGAUGAUGUCACGUCUGAUCGUGCCCUUAGUCUGUUCAUGCAAGUGAGUGUAGCAGGAAGUGGAUUUGGCACCGUCAGUUCAUCCACAGCAUGUACUGUAUAAAUGUACGUUUUUAUACAUAUAAAUAUAUAUAUUGGGAGAUUAAUAAGUCAGUGGAAUCUGUCUGCAUGUUCAGAUACUGGGAGUUAGUUAUUUUUCUAAAGCAGGGGAAUAUGCUUAAGCUGCAUGUUAAAACUAAAGGAAGAUUGUGAAAUGUAGAGUCGAGAAGGUGUCAGAAGCAAUGGGAGGCGGAUUUAGUUUCCACUCAAAUCUUUUUUUUCCUUUCUUUCUUUCUUUCUUUUUUUUUUUUUUCUUUUUUAUGAGAGGAUUGCAACAUUGGAGAAAUGAAACACUGUCAAUCCAUGAAGGGAAGUUUUCCCUGAGAUCUCAUUAGUGCUUACCUCCACCUGCAGGCCAGUUGCAGUCAUGGCGGGACAGAUGCUGAAGUCCAGGGAGACGCAGGCACUAAAGACGCCAGCGGAACAAUAAAAACUCAUCGGUGAACAUUUGGGCAAAUAUCAAAGCUGGUUGGUUGCUUGUGUAUCUUGGCCUUCUGUCAGUUCUGUCAGUGCAGGCCUCCAUCAUAUGAAAAUAUUUUUGUUUUUAUUCUAAUCUCAUGGUUAUUCUGUGUCUUAAUAUUUAUCCUUAGUUGUUUUGUGCCUGGAAUCUAGACUUUAUAGGAUUAGGUUUAUAUUGAAAUAAGCUGGUUAGGUUAACUCCUUUCCGUGCUGCUUUCAACCCAGCAUGCGAGUCCUCAACCUGAAAGGUCAUCUUUGAGGUUUAUCAUUAUUAUUAUUAUUAUUGUUUAGUUUAUUAGUUUCUUGCAAUUCUGUCAUAUUUCCUUUGUACCCUGCACUUGAUAUGAUAAUGUGAGACACUACAAUCCAAAUGUUCAAGGCUCGAGCAACAAUGCUUUGCUUUGGAGUCGGAUCAAACAGAGCAGACGGACACUCGUUCUCGACUGUAGCGUUACAGCCUUGCUGGACAGACAGACUGAUGUUGAGAAGCAAAGCACAAAAGGUGGCAACGAUGAACCCAGAGACAAAAAAAAAAAAAAGCUUCUGAUGCCUCUCAUUGACCUGUCUAAAGGUUGGAAAUACCGCCUGAUCUGAAGUAUCCCACACACACAGUUCAGUGGCCAUACAAGACUUUGUGCAUGUUUUAGUUCUUUUUUUUUUUUUUUUUUUUUUAAAUCACUUUUCAAAUGUUUCUCAAACUUUCUUGGAAACAUAAUCUGUUGAUUACGAUGGCAUUAGAAUCAGAAUGACUCGUUUCUGGCCAAUAACAACUAGCAAUUUGAAAUCUUCAGACUGGUUUCUGAUUUGAUUAGUUUAACUAAUUACUAAGGUUCCUUUCCAGGCUUUUUAAAAUUGCUGUCCAUUGCCAUUAGUUAUAUCGGUCACUACAUAAGUAGAAAUUACUGGUAUGUUUGGGAGAAUGGAAUUUAAAAACACUCUCUGAGUGUGGGACUUUAUAAAGACAAAAACAUGCAUAAAUUCUGAUGUGGUACCUCUCUGCAGCCCAUCCUCAUCCUGGCCGGCUGAACAUGGCUUCAGAUCUCGUGAUGGCAGCUCAACACUGCAGUCUGGAUCUGUGCACACACACAUGAUAAAGUGUGUGUGAUGGUAUGCAUGUAGUCUGGUCGCUAUGACCCUGAUGGACACUUCAGGUUUUACUGUGUGGAUUAAGAGUUUGUGUUUUGCUCUUGCACCCUGAGUCAUGUUUGUGAACAAAAGUUCCACCAAAGCGUGAGUGGGACACAAACCUGUUUCAGCCCCGCGUGGAUGCCGCACCUUUGACGUGGUCAUUGUUUGUUGGUGCCCCUCGCUGACGGGCAGCAUCAGGAUGUCAUCAUAUUCAGACUCUUUCAGUGUCACUGCCAUAUGAAUCAGUACUUAAAGUAGAAACUACUAUUUAUUCUUUUUUCCUUUCUUUUUUUGUUGUUGCAGAGGUGAUGCUCAUGUGGGUGUAAUAUUAUUUAAAAUACCAUAUGUAUUAACAUGUUAUGGCUGGUGACCAUAAGUACAUCUCAAAUAUUAACAUAGUUAUUGUGGACUGUUGUUUGUUGUUGUUUUUUGUUUGUUUGUUUUUUUCUUGCU